GAAAAAAGAAUAAAAAUAUUUUGGUCAGUUUACUAAAAAAUUUUAUUUCAGUAUGUUCUCCCUUCUCAUCGUCCUCAAAUCCUACAGUGCUCUCGUUGUCAUCACCGUUUUGGCCAUGCGCUCCGCCACAACCACAUCUCCGCAAUCUGUGUUAUAUCCGAGCAAGCAUCAUGGGCGUAGAUAUUGGCAUAAAAGAGCGAAGCAUUGCAUCGAUGUAGGGGCGGGUGGAAAGAAGGAGAAGGGAAAGGAAGUGGGAAGAGAAGGAAAUAAAGAAACAACAAGAAAAAGGGAGAUGAAUCAUGAAUCAGGAUCGAAAGAAGAAAACGAAAAAAAAAAGGAUAGAGAAAAGAAUAAAGGAUUUCUAAGAUCGUGGAGGUGCGACGAGGUGAAGUGUAAUGGAUUUGGAGUCGAUGAGGGUGGAGUCGAUGAGGGGGGGAAAAGCGGUGAGUGCAGGGGAAUCCGUACGGCAUUAAUGUGUUACGAAGGAGAAGCUCAACGCCGGGGGAAAAGCGGUGAGUGCAGGGGAAUCUGUACGGCAUUAAUGUGGUCGUUACGAAGGAGAAGCUCAACGCCGACGGUGAAGGCGACGCGAAUAACGGGAAUCACCUUUGCGAUCUCAGCAGCGCAAGUUGCUUAUGAAGUAGUAACUCUAUUACCACUUCUUUCAUUAUUGCUACGUAUAAUUUAUUUGCUAUUAUAAAUUUUGCUAU